AUGCACACAUUCACGCACACACGAACCGAUUUGCUGCUGGUGGACGUCAGCAUGUCAGCCAGAAAGUGGAGCGAAGAGUCUGUUCGAUUCGGAACUUGUAGGCAGCCUCCAGAUUCACCUUUGCGUGGCAGAAUAAAAUUCGCUUCUUAUGAUGUUGAUACAUUCGAUAUAUUUUCAUGCCAGCAGCGCUGGUGGAUCGUAGAAUCUGGUAAACAGGAAGCUGGACAAGACCUACACGGUAAAGUCUAUCCUCUGGUUUGCUUGGAAUGUCAUCCGACCCGACAGAAGAGCAUCUUCAAGGCAAGAGCGGGGUCAUUCACAGAGUUCUUUCAAGUCUACAAGACUGUACUUGAGCAUGAGCAUGUUUGUAUAUCAAGAAAAUAUACAGCAAAAAAGAGUUAG